AGAGUUUUUGGGGACCAAAAAAUAUUAGCACUUAUUAUAACUGUGAUUGAUUUUAGGUUAGGAUCCCAAUUGUAGAGCAAUAUGCUGAAAUUCAACUCUGCCUUUGGGCAAUACCAUCAUAUCUUCUUUGGAUGUAGAUAAUUGUGAUUAUUCUGGAAAGUGAUGAUCUUAGGUCAAGAAAAGAUGUGUUUUGAGUUUGAAUAAUUUAAUGAAAGAGAAGAUUGAGAUGCAGUACAUGGCUCCAGCAUCAAGGAGAACUGGUAGCUUGAUUGAUUAGUUUUUAUCUCAAUAUUUUAAGUGGAACCCAGAAGCAGGCAUUAAACCAAACCUCCACCAGAACUUCAAGUCAGAGUCAUAAACUUCUUGCUUCUGAACGAACUCAUUACAACUAUGUGCAAGAAUAAAAAAAUCUAUUCCUCUUUUCAUAUGAAAUGAUAAAGUUGUGAUUACCUUUAUUUUACUUUGUUGUGCUUAUAAAAGACGGAAUUCAGCCUUGUAUAUAUUGAGCAGAGUCUAUGCCUUGCUUCAUUGCACGGGUACAGGGUAUCUGUUUAACCUUCUUUGCAGGCACAUUUGCCGGAUUCUUUGUUCGAAAGAAAGAGAUAAGCCAAGUAAAGACAUCAUGGACGGGAAUGGAGUUGUGAAGAAGGUCAACACUGGAAAAGCCACAAUUUUAGCUCUUGGGAAGGCUUUCCCUCACCAGCUUGUUAUGCAAGAGUUUCUGGCUGAUGGGUACUUCAAGAAUACCAACUGUGAUGAUCCCGACCUCAAGCAAAAGCUGAUUCGACUCUGCAAGACAACAACUGUGAAAACAAGAUAUGUGGUCAUGUCAGAAGAGAUCCUAAAUGAGUAUCCUGAACUUGCCACCGAAGGCCAGCCUACUGUAACUCAAAGGUUAAAUAUCUGCAACAAGGCAGUCACAAAAAUGGCCAUUGAAGCUUCUGAAGCCUGCAUCAAGAACUGGGGUAGACCGGCUUCGCACAUAACCCACUUGGUCUAUGUUUCCUCCAGUGAAGCACGGCUCCCUGGCGGUGACAUCUACCUAGCAAGAGGACUUGGACUCCGCCCAGAGACUCGUCGUGUCCUGCUCUAUUUCAUGGGCUGCUCUGGGGGCGUGGCAGGCCUCCGCAUUGCAAAGGACAUUGCUGAGAACAAUCCAGGCAGCCGAGUGCUGCUUGCAACUUCAGAAACUACUAUCUUGGGAUUCAGACCGCCAAGUCCUGCGCGGCCAUAUGAUCUUGUAGGGGCUGCACUUUUUGGGGAUGGUGCUGGAGCCGCAUUGAUUGGUUCAGACCCAGUUCUGCAUAUUGAAAGGCCUCUCUUCGAGCUGCAUACCGCCAUCCAGCAUUUCUUGCCAGGUACGGAAGCCAUCAUCGAUGGCCGGUUAACAGAGGAGGGGAUAAACUUUAAGCUGGCAAAGGAGCUACCUCAGAUAGUUGAGGACAACAUUGAGGGAUUCUGUGGAGAGUUAAUGGAGAUCGCCGGGUACUCUGAUAAAGACCAUAACAAGAUGUUUUGGGCAGUCCAUCCAGGUGGGCCGGCAAUUUUGAACCGGAUGGAACAGAGGCUGAAUUUGUUGCCGGAGAAACUCAGCGCUAGUCGCCGAGCACUCUCAGAUUAUGGAAAUGCUAGCAGCAAUACUAUUUUCUAUGUGCUGGAGUACAUGCUUGAAGAGAGCUUGAAAAUGAAGAAAUCUGGCCAAGAACUCGGUGAAUGGGGCCUAAUGCUGGCUUUUGGCCCUGGGAUCACCUUCGAGGGAAUUCUUGCAAGAAACCUUGCUAUCUGAUAACCAUGCCUCCUCCCAGAUAUCAUUCCCGCACAUGCUUCACUUAAAAUUACAUGUUUCUGGAUUAGCUUUCCAAAACUCUAUUUCCUAGUAAUAGGUCACUUGUGGGCUCAAAAACCCUUCUGUUAUAGCUGUGA